UUGGCAGUGAUAAAUAAGUUGUGACAAGUGACAACACAACAAAUUGUUCGAUUCAAGCACCUGAUGGCAAAAUCUUACUAAAAUUUAGUAAAUUAUUAACUGUGAAUUAGAUUGGGACCUAUUAUUAUUUUGUGUUAAACAGAAUGUCGAAAGUUACUUUCAAAAUUACCCUUACUUCGGAUCCCAAGUUGCCUUUUAAAGUGCUAAGUGUGCCAGAGGCAACACCAUUUACAGCGGUGUUAAAGUUCGCUGCUGAGGAGUUCAGGGUGGAGCCGGCGACGAGCGCUAUCAUCACCGAUGAUGGCAUUGGUAUCAACCCUCAACAGACCGCUGGUAAUGUAUUCCUGAAGCAUGGAUCAGAACUAAGGUUAAUUCCACGGGACAGAGUUGGAUUAUACCAUUGGUAAAAUAUGUAAUAUGAUAAAACAUUCCUUUAUGUAUAUGAUUUUUAUUGUACCUAUAUCAUAAAUUAAUGUUGUAUAAUGUUAUAACUGAAAUAAACUGAAUCAGUUAUUGUUUAUUUUAAUGUUAAAAUGAUUUUAAUAAAUAGAUAAUUGUGAGUUGUAUUUAAUACAGCUAUCAUUUUUAUUGUUUUUUUGGUUACAUACUAUUAGUUUGAUACAGACAGCAUCAAAAUUAAUUUUAUUUAUAUAUAUUACAAUGUUUGUACCUUGAUUUUUGUUGAAAUGUUCGAGCUUUUUUUUUUAAUUUCCUUAUUCCUUAUAAUAAAUGUAUUUGUCUCAAAAUUAUUAAAAAAUAAUGCAGUAAUGCAAUCUGAUGUAUGUAUAAGUUUAUAGUUAAGUUUCAUAUUAUUUUAUGACAUCUAUAAGAGGAAUACCUAUUUUGAAAUAAGAAAUAUUCUGCAAAAAAUUAUUAUUUUGAUCAAUAUAAGGACAUACCUUCAAAAUUGUGUGUAUAAAUAAAUCAAAUCAUUUUUCAUAGAUUUGGUUUUAUGAUUUGAAUUUUUACUAUAUCCAAAAAUUCACCAAGUAAACAUUUGAUCAACAUUUUUUACCCUACUAAUAAACAAUGCAGUGAAUUAUUAUUGGGGUAAAUUUUAAUAUGGCAAUACAUUAAUAUACAAGUCGUGUCUAUGACUAUUGAACCGAAACCACUUAUUUAUAUUGUCACAAAUUAAAAAAUAUACAACGCUUAUGUAGAUUAAUUCUGUACGAUUAUGCGCAUAAGGAUAUCAUCCCCACCAUCUGGAUGUGUGGCGGUCCUCCACAGUGCGGUUUACAAGGAGCUUUCUUCCACGUACUACAAAGCUGUGGAAUGAGCUUCCUUGUGCGGUGUUUCCGGGACGAUACGACAUGGGUACCUUCAAAAAAAGCGCGUACACCUUCCUUAAAGGCCGGAAACGCUCCUGUGAUUCCCCUGGUGUUGCAAGAGAAUGUGGGCGGCGGUGAUCACUUAACACCAGGACGCUCGUUUGUCCUCCUAUUCCAAAAAAAAAAUAUUCUGUCUCUUGACUAAAAUUAGGUGCUUUAAUGUGCUGUUAUGUAAACGCGAAUAUAGCUUCACCUCAUUUUGAAUGUAUGUCCUUAAGAAUAAUUGUUCACUUUGGAAUAAUUUAUUUCCGGUUUCGACCGUAUUGCGAUCGGCGUUAAUCUGUCAAACUAUAUCCUUUUGCAAAAUUCAUAAUAUAUUCUUUUUUUAACAUCAAUUGUUUUUAUGUGGAAUUUGAUUAUAUUGUAAAUAAAACAAUAUAAAAAC